AUGCAAUGCCGUGUUUGCUUGGAUUGCAAUAGUAAAUGUUACAAAUCUCUUUUUGUUCACGAUGGGGGGAUAGCUAUAUCCCAAAUCAUACAAUACUGCGCGGAUGUCCUGAUAUCAGAAGAUGACGACUUACCCUCGCAAGCCUGUACGAAAUGCUGUGAAGAGGCCAUGGUGGCUUUCACGUUCGUUAAGAAAUGCCGUCAAUCGGACUCCGAACUGCGGGUGCAACAGGUCCUUGAAAAGCAAAAACAGCCCGCUACUAAUAGUUCACCGUACAGCGAGACCAUUCCAGGGCAAUCCUAUCAGGAACCGAUCGAACCGAGGCCCACAGAGGACGGUGUUGAAAUUUUGCAUGAGUUGGUGGAUGUUCCGUUUCAGGACGGAUUCAGCAAGGAAGAAGAAUUCCCCGUCGAAUACCUCGAGCAAUACGACGACACGGAGGAUGAGAUAAACGUUAUUCCAGACGCAGAAAUUCAAAGUUUUCCAUUAAAUGAUCUCGCUGGUUCUGUCUCGUCGUCAUUUCGGUAUUGCUGCUACGGAGAUUGUAUGUUAAAAUUCGUCUCCAAAGAUGAGCUGAAUGACCACAUGCACUCGCAGCAUCAAGCGCAGGAUGAUGCUGAAAAUAGUGUGCAUAGUAACCACCGAUGCGAUAAUUGCGAUCGAUGUUUUUCCUCGGCACAGGAACUAUGCACUCACCAGCGGUUGCUGCAGCUAAAGCGAGCCCUUAUACGUCCCUUAACCGCUAAAGGGCGUCCAAAGAAACACCCAUGUUUGUUUAGCUCACCGAUCAAAAAAUGCUGCGAUUGCUAUGCGUCUUUUUCCACGAUUGAGUCCUUGCUUGCUCACACCGAUCAGCAACACUCGGUUCGUCGGACGGUACACGAUUCCACCCGUCCGGUGCGGUGCGAGAUCUGUUACAAGCUGUUCCAGCAUGAGGCGAACCUUCGGAGACACCAGCACGUGGCCUACAAACCACGCAACUAUUCCUGUGGCACGUGCGGCGCUUGCUUUGUGACGCCCUCGCAACUUGCCACACACGAGCACGUGCAUGCCGAUGAGCGGAAGCACACCUGCCAGGAGUGUGGGGCCAGCUUCAAAAAGGAGCAAAACCUUAAGAUGCAUUCACUGCUGCAUCGCGAGAAGCAGGAGGUGUGUAAGAUCUGCGGGUUGCGCUUUCACCGGAAAUCGAACCUCCGAAUGCACCAGCGCGUCCACUCCGACGCAUACUACAGCGUUUGUCCGCACUGUGGAAAGCAGUGCAAGAAUCGGUCCCGUUUGAGCGAGCAUUUGAAGGUGCAUACGAAAGAUAAAUCGCUGGAAUGUCGGUAUUGUUCGAAGCGGUUCGCUUACUGUACCGAUCGAAAGCGCCACGAAAUGAGCCACACCGGGGACUAUCCGUUCGUGUGUGGUUGUGCGAAAAAAUUCACCCGAAACGCGCCGUUUCUACGGCAUAGGAGCAAGUGUCAGGAUGCCGAUAAAACAAAACCUAAUGAAAUAAAUGGCGAAAUAUGA